AUGGCCUCUAAAUCCCGAAAUCUCUUCACUCAAGUCGCUCCUUGCAUCACACUAUCCCUCAGCCUCACGCAUGCAUCACCUUCACCUUUUCGCUAUCGCCGGGACGCGUUUGAUUCAGAAGAUGUAGAAGACGAGGAGGUAAACCGGAGGCAGGACAGCACUACCAAUUCGCCUGAUGUUACAAACUCUCCUAGUACAACAUCGUCAACCUCAACAACCUCAACGACGUCACCACCGACUUCGUCGCCCUUUGAUUCCGCCAGCAUCCUCGUAGAUGCUGGUACCAGUUCUGUCUUCGUCUCCUCAACUACAAGCAUCUCUAUCACCUCCGCGUCCAUAUCUGCAAUAUCCAUCAACAACUCUAUAGCCACGCAGUCGUCAGUCACAGUACGAGCAUCCGGCUCAGCAAUCGACCCAGUGCCCACCAGAGUUUUUCCCGUCAUCGCUUCAUCAUCCGGUUCUUCACCCUUGACCAAAGUCGCGGUGAUUGCUAGUAUCAUAUUGGGGUUGCUCGUCCUGGCGGGAUGCUUCCUGUACUGGCGAAGACGGCGGCGGUUCCUCCGCGAGGAAGAAAAAGGGCGGAUUGAAGCACCGUUCGGCGUCCCUCCGCAGCUGCUCAUCAACACAGCACCGAACCAGUCUGGCAUCCAGCCGUACGUCUUCGCACCGACGUCCGCCAACUCCUACCUCUCACCCCAGAGCUCGACGACGCUCCUCAUGAAGCCGAGCUCGAAGGAGCUCGCGUUGAUGGCGGCGAACAAUAACAACAACUCGCCGUCGUCGGCCAACCCGCUUCUUUCGCCUGGAUUUCAGCAGCAAAGCUUGCUGGAGCAGCUGAACGCGCUGAAGGAGCACAUUCGACAUGUGGAAGCGCAGGUGGCACGCAAUGGAACGAUAAGUAAUGAAGCGUCUGGCACGCAGGAUAAUUCGGAGCCCCCACCGGAAUAUGUCGCUAUGGCAUACGAUAGAACAAGGACAACAGAGAAGAGCAGGACAUAG